UUUUCUCCUUACCUGUGUGGCCUGCCUUGCCAACCUCCUCUCCGCCGCCUUAUUCAUUCAGUUUCUCUUUCUUUCCCCGUGCCCAACUCCUCACUGCAGCCGACCUCCUCCCGAGCUCUCUUUCCCCGGAGAGAACCCUUCGCUGUUCGGACCCACGCGUCGCCCCCUCCUUCCAUUGUAUCGGUUUCGUCCCCGAUCGUGCGCACAGGUCAGCAGCCGGCGACUCCAUUUUCUCAGACCCAAAGGCUGCCGCUGGGAAGGUCGGAGAUGGCGAUGAUGAUUGCGGCAGCGCGGCGGCUGGGGGGUCGAUCUGGUGCGGUUCCACCGUUGGCGAGCUUGAUGCUUCGUUCAGCGUCGCUCCAAACCAUGUCAAAUUCGUUCAGGGAGGAACGGGACACCUUCGGUCCUAUCUUGGUCCCAGCCGACAAAUUGUGGGGUGCACAGACACAAAGAUCGCUUCAGAAUUUUGACAUCGGCGGGGAACGGGAGCAGAUGCCAGAACCAAUCAUUAGGGCAUUUGGCGUUCUUAAAAAGUGUGCUGCCAAGGUAAAUAUGGAGUAUGGUCUUGAUCCAACUAUUGGAAAAGCAAUAAUCCAAGCUGCUCAAGAAGUUGCUGAGGGUAAAUUGAAUGAUCAUUUCCCACUUGUCAUUUGGCAAACUGGAAGUGGGACACAAAGCAACAUGAAUGCGAAUGAGGUUAUCGCAAAUAGAGCAGCUGAAAUUCUUGGUCAUAAAAGAGGUGAUAAGUUUGUGCAUCCAAAUGAUCAUGUCAAUAGGUCUCAAUCAUCAAAUGAUACAUUUCCAACAGUAAUGCACAUUGCUGCAGCUGUGGAAAUUAAUUCUUGCUUUAUACCAAGCUUGAAGAAAUUGCACAGUUCACUUGAUUCCAAGUCUCUAGAAUUCAAAGAUAUUGUUAAGAUUGGUCGAACACAUACUCAAGAUGCCACUCCUCUUACCCUUGGUCAGGAAUUCAGUGGUUAUACCACACAGGUGAAAUAUGGUAUUGCUCGAAUAACAGAUUCUCUGCCUCGCAUGUAUCAGCUCGCCCAAGGUGGUACUGCUGUAGGUACUGGGUUAAACACCAAAAGAGGGUUUGACGUGAAAAUUGCAACUGCUGUAGCUGACGAGACUAAUCUACCAUUUGUCACUGCAGAGAAUAAGUUUGAAGCAUUGGCUGCACAUGAUGCUUUUAUUGAGACCAGCGGAGCCUUAAACACAAUUUCAGCUUCUCUUAUGAAGAUAGCAAAUGAUAUACGACUUCUAGGAAGCGGUCCACGCUGUGGACUUGGCGAGCUGAUCCUACCUGAAAAUGAACCAGGCAGCAGUAUAAUGCCUGGAAAAGUCAAUCCUACUCAAUGUGAAGCUCUUACAAUGGUUUGUGCUCAGGUGAUGGGAAAUCAUGUAGCUAUAACUGUUGGUGGAUCAAAUGGUCAUUUUGAGCUAAACGUUUUCAAGCCAAUGAUUGCUAGUGGUCUUCUUCGAUCUCUUAGAUUACUAGGAGAUGCUUCUGCAUCCUUUGAAAAGAAUUGUGUGAGAGGAAUUCAAGCUAACCGUCAGAGAAUUUCAAAGCUGUUGCAUGAGUCCCUGAUGCUGGUUACAUCUCUAAACCCUAAAAUUGGCUAUGAUAAGGCCGCUGCUGUUGCCAAGAAAGCUCACAAGGAAGGGACAACGUUGAAGGACGCUGCCUUGAGCCUUAAUGUACUCACAGAACAAGAGUUUGAUGCGCUUGUUGUGCCGGAGAAGAUGCUCGGACCCUCUGACUAACUACUUAUAAUCUUUGCUAUCUAUUCCAUUAUCUUGUAGGGAGCACCAUUCCUACAUGGCUUUGCUGGUAAGAUGCACUAAUGGUAAACAAACAAUUGAAAUUUUUUAUUCUAUCGAGUUGUAUCUCUCUGAUCGGGAACUGGUGUCCUGGCUUUUAAAGGUCAGAUUGUGUCGAGUUACAUAAUUGUUUUUUUAUGCUGGACAAAUACUUUUGUACUGUUGGUUUGUCACGCCAACACGAGGGAGAUUCUUUCUAUUUGCAGUGCUCAAGAGAAAUAAAUUUCAGCACUCUUUAUGAUUCACACUCAAUAAAGAGUACUGUUUCCUAUAAA